AUGGCUCAUCUUCAACCUCCUAACAUCAUCGAGACCACUCACAUCUCUCCCCAAAAGGCACCGUUCCAUCAACCACUCUUCCUCAAGUCCACUGGAACAGCUGAUUUCAAUGAUUUGAAAGCCGAUUCUGCUAAAGAUAUCAGAGUGUUGCAUGGCGUCAUGCCAAAGCUACCUCCUCCUCACGACUCCCCCGAAGGAAUUCUGAUGCGGCCAACAAGCGUGAUGCAAGUCACCAUCUUCCCUGGAGCCGGAAUCUGUAUAGGCAACUCAGUUACUCAUGUUGUAGCAGAUGGAGUCACCUUCACUGAUUUCAUGAAGUAUUGGAUGACAUUGACCAAAUCAAAGGGCAAAUAUCCAGCUGCCACGCUUCUUCUACCCUCUCCGCCUGAUCACAGCUGCAGAAACAUUAUCAAGGACCCAGGCGAGGUAGCUAAAGGACACUUUGGAGAGACGCUUACUGAAGCCAGUGGAAAGGAUGGACACAAAGACGAAGUCUUUCACUUGAUGAUUAAUGUGGAUUGCAGGAAUCGUCUCAAGUAUGCAGAAGCAGAACCAAUACCGCAAACAUACUUUCUCAACUGCAUGGCUCCAGGUAUCGUAUCAGUCAAGAAACGAGAUUUGCUAGGACACAAAGGCGUUUUGGCUGCUUCGGAUGCACUAACAGCGAGAAUCAGGGAUAUGCUAUCAAAUGAUCUGUUGAAAACAGCCCCAAGUUGGGGACAAGGAGUACGCAAAUGGGCAAUGUCCCGUUUUCAAACAUCAGUAGCAGGAGCUCCAAAACUGAGAAUGUAUGAUAUGGAUUUUGGGUCAGGAAAGCCCUGCAAAAUGGAUAUAGCAAACAUAGAAACAGGAGGUUCAAUUGCAUUGGCAGAGUCCAGAGACGGCAGUAAUGGAAAUGAGAUUGGAAUAGCAUUGGAGAAGAAAACAAUGGAUGCCUUUGCUAUGAUUCUACAAGAGGGGAUCAAGAAAUUUAAAACAUAG